UUCCAUUUGUUAUAAUUUAAUAUUAUACAGUGAAUUUUAUAAUGGUGUAAUAUUUCAGGAUUAUGUUCCCUUUCAAAGACAACAGGAUGGAUUAUAUGGCUGAAAUAAAUCGUUUAUUUCCGAAUACAAAAACAAUUGAAAAUGAUGUUCAACCAACAAAUAUUUUCAACAGUACCUAUUCACAAUCUCCAAUUAAUUCAACAUUCACGAAUCGAUCUUCGAGUUCUGAUUCUACAUCCCCGGAAUCCUAUCCUGAUCUAUUCUCAUCGUUUCAAAGAACUUCAGAACUUUACAAUCUCAGAUCCGAGACUCCCUUACAAAGUAUACAUCCUUUAGGCAUCCGGCCUCAGAGACCAAUUGUAGGUAGAAAAAUCCUAGGUAAUACAGAACAUUCUAGACCUUUACCUAACAGAAACAUUGACAAUGAUUCACUAAUAUCCAAUUCCUGGAUCGAUGAUUUCACUCUACCUAAAUCUACAAUUUUCGAUCAAAAUCAAAUACGCAAUUAUGAAUUGUUUCCAAUUGAAAAAUCCUCACCAACCACUUUUAUGACUCCUACACCAAAUCUCUCACCUAUAACAUCAAUUUCUACCUUUUCGCCUAUACAAUCUAACUUUACAGCUGCUAGCUAUUCACCUAUUAAAUCUAAUAUUUCGACUGCUAAUUUUUCGCCAAUCAAAGCCAACCUUUCCUCUACCUUUUCCCCUAUUGAAAACUUCACUUCGAAUUAUUCACCAUCGAAAUCUAACCUCUCGACCGCUUCGAAUUAUUCAUUUUCACCUAGUAUGUUGGAUUUUGCGCCAUCUUCACCUAUGUUAAUCCCGAAUUACAACCCAAGGCCAAUGCCAGAUUUCACCCCUCCGGGAUAUUCUGUGGCGGGUACAUCAAAGGAUGAAAUAGCUGAAGAGAAGAUGUGCAAAUUCUGCAGAAGAAAUGGGGAGACUCCUUUAGUGUAUAUGACACAUUUUGUGAAAGAGAAAAUUGGGAAAAAGCACAUAGUUACAUGUCCCAUAUUGAGGUUGCAUGUUUGCUCGGCUUGUGGAGCGACUGGAGAUUAUGCACAUACUAUUACAUACUGUCCUUUACUACGAAAAUGCAACAAUGGAAAACGUCUGGAAUCAACAACUAUCACAUUAAAGAAUACAAGAAUAAAGAGCAACGGCAAAAGACGCUACUGAGAGAAUUAAUCUGUAAGUAUUCUACACUAAAGGAUUACACAUGCCAGCUGUCAUGCCAGCUACUGUCCUAAUAUGUUUAAACAUGCCAGUAAAUUGUUCAUGCUUUGUACUCCCCUCUUUCCCCAUUGACCCUUUACCAACAUGGUUGUCCUCUUGCACCCUUGAACUC